CCGCCCUUCUCAAGAUGGCGCUGUUCUCUGUGCGGAAGGCGCGUGAGUGCUGGCGCUUCAUCCGGGCACUUCACAAAGGACCCGCAGCAACUCUGGCUCCCCAGAAGAAGAGUGGAGAGCGAGUGUUUUCUGGCAUUCAGCCUACAGGAAUCCUCCACCUGGGAAAUUACCUUGGAGCCAUCGAGAGCUGGGUGAACUUACAGGAGGAAUAUGACACAGUGAUAUACAGCAUCGUGGACCUCCACUCCAUCACUGUCCCCCAAGACCCCACCGUCCUCCAGCAGAGCAUCCUGGACAUGACUGCUGUGCUUCUUGCCUGUGGCAUAAACCCAGAGAAAAGUAUCCUUUUCCAGCAGUCUAAGGUGUCUGAGCACGCUCAGUUAAGUUGGAUUCUCACCUGCAUGGUGAGACUGCCUCGACUGCAGCAUUUACACCAGUGGAAGGCAAAGGCUGCGAAGCAGAAGCAUGAUGGGACCGUAGGCCUGCUCACAUACCCUGUACUCCAGGCAGCAGACAUCCUGUGCUACAAGUCCACACACGUUCCUGUCGGGGAGGAUCAAGUCCAGCACAUGGAACUGGUUCAGGAUCUAGCUCGAAGUUUCAACCAAAAGUAUGGGGAGUUCUUUCCAUUGCCCAAGUCCAUUCUCACAUCCAUGAAGAAAGUGAAAUCUCUUCGAGACCCUUCUGCCAAGAUGUCAAAAUCGGACCCUGACAAACUCGCCACUGUCCGAAUAACAGACAGCCCAGAGGAGAUUGUACAGAAAUUCCGCAAGGCUGUGACAGACUUCACGUCAGAGGUCACCUACGAGCCGGACACCAGAGCUGGUGUUUCCAACAUGGUGGCGAUCCACGCAGCCGUGUCGGGCCUCUCGGUGGAGGAGGUGGUGCGCAGUAGCGCAGGCAUGGACACUGCGCGCUACAAGCUGCUAGUGGCCGAUGCUGUGAUUGAGAAAUUUGCUCCAAUCAGGAAGGAGAUUGAGAAACUGAAAAUGGAUAAGGACCAUUUAAGAAAGGUUUUACUUGUUGGAUCUGCAAAAGCCAAAGAAUUGGCCUCUCCUGUGUUGGAGGAGGUGAAGAAGUUGGUAGGGAUUCUGUAGCAAGGUCAGCCAGUCACUGCACUCAAGUCAGCUUUCCUCCCACAGAUUUUAGCCUGUCCAAAUUGAAUUGAGUGUGAUGAUCAGCUGCAUUUGAUGACUGCUGUCAAUUGAGCAACAUUCCAAUCCCAUUGGCAAAUGCUAUAAUCAAAAGAGCUGAGGCAGGCACAGCUCUUCCACUCCAGUUCAAUGACGCACAGUUUUUUGGUCUGAAGUAUUCCUGAAAACUUGAACAAUGACUGAGCCGUGGCGUGUGCUUGCUUGUGCAGUAUUUACUGUGCAGGUGCACUUCGUCUGUGUUGUGCAGACAGGUCCUAUGCUACAAUCCUGAAUCCAGUGGGUAUUUGCAGUUCAUAAAGAGAGAUUGAUUCUUGCA